AUCUCGCGAGAUUCCCUCACCGGGUUAGUUACCAUCUGAUGUGUCUGGCACGCACAGCUGCCCGGCUAGCUGCAGCGCACGUUUGGAGCACUGAGUGUUUGUUUGUUUGCUUUUCCGUACACGAUGGCAGAGACCGACCCCAAAUCGGUACAGGACCUUACAGCAGUGGUGCAGACGCUGCUGCAGCAGAUGCAGGACAAAUUCCAGACCAUGUCGGACCAGAUCAUCGGGAGGAAUAUCCUAACGCGCCUACCGCGCUACUGCAAGGCAUGCAGGCACGAUUCUGUGACCUGUGCAUUGGCAUGUAAACUGCUCGAUUGUGCGCAGUACUCUGCCCGUACUGCAGUUCAGCUCAACACUGUAGGACUGGACACCCUCUUCUGCCGUCUCCAGAUACACCCGGCAGUGUGCAGCGUAAUGGAAAUCAGGCACCAUGAAGUCUCACGUUUACACUCCUCCCUGUACACGUCCCACCUUGCCCUACUCUCAUUCCAUCCUCCAGGCAUCCAGCGCCAUGCCCAGCCACACACACACACACUAGGAGUCACUCGACGAGAUGAGCACGCGUAUCGAUGAGCUGGAGAAGAACAUAGCUGAGCUGAUGACCCAGGCAGGGGUGGAGGACGAGGAGGGAGA